AUGUUAAAUGCUACAAGUACACAAAAUGACAAUAAGUUAUAUUCAUACGCUGCAUUGUUUAUAUAUGGUAAUAACCAAGAUGUUACUAAAGAUAAGAUAGUAGCAGUUCUUAAAGCAUUGGGUGUUAGUGCUCAGAUGAAACUAGCAGAAUUAUUCGAAUGUGAUGUCAUUCAGAUGAAGACUAUGUUAUCUUCAACUUCAAGUACAAGUUCUGCACCGGUUGCGUCUAAUAAGACUGAUGAAAAGGAAGAAGAGGUAACUAAACCAGCUGAAGAGGAACCUGCUGAAGAAAUAGAAUUAGAUUUCGGAGACUUAUUCUAA